AUGGACUGCGAGCCGCCGCCUCAAGUUUUAUCAGUGCUUAAUGUCCUUCUGAAGCCGCUGCCUCAAGUUUUUACAGUGCUUAACAUCCUAACCCCUAUGCAUACUACCUAUCCCACCAGUACUAUAUUAAAUACUGGUACCGCUACUACGAGCUUCCCUAAUCCUUUCACGCCGCUUCCAAUUCCUACUCCCCAUUUUAGUGAAGCUGCAUGGCGUCCAGUAUCCCCACUAUCUACAUCAGCUAUAUCAGACCAUCCUAUCCCCCAACCUUAUAACGAAACACAUGUCCACACUUCGGUAGACUCGCCUAGCAAUGAACUUUGGAUUGAUGCGCGUCGUGUCGUCCAUGUCACUACUAUUCCUGAUGGCCCACACCAAGUACCGUUUAUCAACCAAGUCCGUGUAUUGGAAGCCCCCACUAAGUCUAUUCACUCUAGUCCUCCUCCACGUUAUGUUUCGCAUCACGCGGACGUGAACGCGACUCGCACUACUACUAUCCUACCAGUACCUGACAACCACCAGUAUCUUUUGGACUAUUUUGUGACAGACUUACCUACCACGUCGGACCAUCACACUCCUAUGCUAGACAAAGUCGCCAACGCUUAUCAAGACUAUACUGAAUGUCAAGACAACCUUUGUGCCUUAGAUUGGGACUCGAGAACAUUGUCAACACACCCUUUCAUCAACAAGGACCUUCUCGAUCAUCGUGUUCAUAGUCGUGCCCUCAUUGCAAUGCUCGAAGACAAUAUUUCGUCUCGCAUGUUAGAAGAAGGACUUCGAUGUCCUGGAGUCCUCGCAUGUGAUCCCAAUCAACGCAUUGGCACCCACAUACCACCAACACACUACCAAGCUAAACAUCCCCCUAUCAAUCCAUUUUUUACUCUCGACGAGACUGAUUAUUUGCACUCACUUGCAGCUGUAGCUGAAUUCCACGGAGAGCAUAGACUUGCAACUUCCGUCGAAGCAGCUCUAUUGAUGCCAUAUCCUGAUCCUGACAUCGUGCAUGCUCUAGUCCAGGAAGGAAUACUCGAUGGACACAGUGAGAGUCAAGUAAUUUCAUUCGCUCGUGCUCGAGAUCGUGCACUAGGGAUACAACGAGUUUGUCUAUUCAUGGUUGCAUAUCAUCCUUUUCGGUCUUCGACUCUUGCUGAUACAUCACAGCUUCAUUUUACCAUCUGCUUUGAUGAUGACGAGCUCGACAAAGACUCUGAUAGCGAUGAUGAUGAACAGGGACCAGACGCGUCCCACAUAUUCUUUUUGGCUUAA